AAUUCUUUCGAUUAGUUUUAUUGUUUCGUCAACUGAGACACAAUAAUAUUAUUGAUAAGUUUGCGGAAUUGUAAGAUAUUCAAUUUGGACAAUGAGUACGGCACGUUUUGCCCGUUCGGGGCGCGUUAGAAUCUGUAUUCUGAUGAGCAUGUUUGUUGUUGUGAUUAUGAUGAUUGUCAUUUACCACAUGUCCCAACAGCAACUUGACGAGACCAGAGUUUUUCGCCUGCACUGCGAACAAAAACAGGAGGAAUUGAGCUUAAGGCUGCAAUCACUCACGGAAAACAAACAAGCAGCAGAGAAAAAUGUGGAGCUGUUACGUGCUGAAAAGCAAAGCAUACAGGAUGACUAUGAAAAGCAACAGGAUGUAGAGAGAACGCUUCAGCAGAAGUACGAUGUGCAAGUUAAUAGGUACAAAGUACUCGAGGCCAAGCAUAACGAAUUGCUAACUGAAAGCGCAAAAAUCAAGAAGAAGCACAUCGAAGACACAACUACGUUGCUGGAACAGUUGCAAAAGCUACAACAGAACAACAAACAGCAGGAGGCAACCAUCUGGAAGGAAAAGUACGAGACAUUACUGAAAGAAUCUGAGCACAAAACGCAUACACUGGAGCAAGCGCUUGAAAAACUAAAUGCACAGUGUAAAUCUGAGGCUCCGGCGCAGGCACAAUCACAACCAAAACAACAACUGGUUAAGCCAAUUGACUCUUUAACUGCCGAUACAACGUCCGGUCAUCAGUCAAGUCCCGCCCAACCGGCGCACAGCAUUGAGAAGCCGCGCAACGAUAAGUCCUUCAACGAGCAAGUACAAGUGAGUCAAGGGCUGUACAGAAUUGGUAUCGCCAAGCCCAGCCAGGCAACUAACACAACAACUAAACCCCAUGGUGUCGGUACGGAGCAGCGGCUAGAACUGCAACGGCAACUGCAACAACAGCAACCAUUGCAGCGCUUCGAUGUUCGCAACAAUCAUAGCCUCAUACUAAACUCUGUUGAAAAUUUUCAGAUUGUGCCCAAACCGCUUAAAACGUUAGCUGAUGAAACAAACAAACAACAGCAGCAAGAGCAGCCCGAGUUGGCUGCAGCUGGUUCAGCUGUUUCGCCACUAAGUGCACCGCGCAAAUCUAACUCUAGUACUCCGAAUUCCGAAGUAUCCCCAAAUGCUUCAGUUGCGCCCAAGGCUUUGGGAAGCAGCAGUAGUGGUCAGCCGCCAUUGGUCAUGCCACCAGCGAAACCAUCAGCGGAAGUCAAGGCUGAACGUAAGCUGCCGGAGAAUGUUGCGCCCAUUCCAGACAACUUCGAUGGCAAAGCCGAUGGAGCUGCAGACGUAGACACGGCAGCCGAAGAAUUCCCAAAAAACGAGAACAAUAAUCGGUAUUCCAAUGUCGUGAACGAUCUGGAGACUAACAAAAAUCAAGGAGCACUUGAUUCUGGAGCGCAUGAAGUGAAAGAUGCGUUAAACGAACAGAACUUCAAUUUACCUGGCGCCGAGCAUAAUUUAUUUGAUGGUGAUCUCGCUGGUGCGCAUGGAGCUGAAGCGGAUAACAAAAUGCUCGCUGCCGAUGCAGCCGCUGUUGGCGGUGGUGGCGGCGAUGACGAUGACGACGUCAUUCUUGGAGAUGUAGCUGUGAAGCAGCCGCAGCAUUUGCUGGAGAAUGACAAUUUAAACAAUGAAAUCGCUGGGGAUCAGGGCAAGGAAUUUGGUGAGGCUGUUCAUCUGGACGAUGGCAUGGAUGAAGAUCAAGACGAGGAUGACUACAACAUGCCGGCACGCAAGCCUGGCGCAGAUUCGCCCGUUAGAAAUUAGAUGAUUCACUAUAGAUUUAAUAAUGGCUUACGAUAGGAUUUAAUUAUGGCAUCUCUCUGGCAGUUUUGGUUAGUUCUUUUUGAUAAA